AAACCGGAAGCUCUUAUUCCUUGGAUAAAAAGCGUUAGCUUGGCAGCUAAUAAAGGCAACUGGGUUUGAGUGAACUUUUACACACUUAUUUUGUGAAUAAUAAAGCCGUUUUAGACCGCAGUGAUGCCGGGACCAGCCAACGUCGUUGCCAUGAAGAAAGUUGUUCAACAGUUGCGCUUUGAAGCGGGCAUAAACAGAGUUAAGGUCUCCCAGGCCGCCGCGGACCUCCAGCAGUUUUGCCUCCAGAACGCCCAGCAGGACCCCCUGCUCACCGGCAUGUCUUCCAGCAACAACCCGUUCAGACCGCAGAAAGUCUGCUCCUUCCUAUAGUCCCGACAGGCCGGGCGACCGCGGUUUUGGAUGAUGUGCCUUGUUGAGCUGUGCUGCAGGAUCCUGCAAAAUGGACUGGAAUCGUCUCAGGAGUCUUUGGGAAUUCGGGCCAGGAAACAUAACUUGAGCCCUUGUUUGAUGUUGUUUUUUUUUUUGUUUGUUUUAAACUUUAACCUCCUUUUUUAAAAAUUAAUUCACAUUUUAUUUCUUGGUGCAUAAGAAAUGCCUCAGCCUUCCUGCAUAGAACUAACAUAUGUGCCUUCUGAAAUGUAAAUGUCUCAUUCCUCAAUAAAACUAAACUGUUUCCACAUUGUGAAAUU